AUGGCCUCCACCAGCACCCCAGACCCCGAGUCCCUAAACAUCGUCGCGCUCCCACCCGCCCCCGCGAUCCCAACUCAACCUCGGCACACCUACGACGCGGGCGCCAAAGCGCACCACACGCCCAUCGUCAUCGACAACGGCUCCUCGACCCUGCGCUUCGGCUGGGCCGGCUGGGCCGACCCCAUCUGCGCGCAGAACGCCGUCUCGCGCUUCAAGGAGCGGCGCCAGGGCAAGCAAUUACUGUUAUUCGGCGAGGCCAUAGAUGCGGAGAGCGGUGCGCGCGCGCAGAGCAAGCAGCCGUGGGAGGGCGACGUGCUCGUGAACCCCGACGCGCUCGAAAGCGCGUUUGAUUAUGUGUUCACGUCCCUCGGCCUCGACACGCCCGCCGUCGCGCACCCGCUCCUCCUCUCCGAGCGCCUCUGCUCCCCGCUCUACUCCCGCGCCCUCACGUCCGAGCUCCUCUUCGAGCUCUACGGCGCGCCCAGCGUGCUCUACGCCGUCGACGCGCCCAUGUCCUUAUACCACAACCACCUCCCGCCGACGCCGAUUGCGCCGUUUAGUAUGAACGCGCUGGUCGUGAGCUUUAAUACGGCGAGCACGAGCGUGAUCCCGGUGGUGAGCGGGCGCGGGAUUAUGAGCGCUGCGCGGCGGUUGCCGUUUGGGGCGCAGCAGGCGAACGAGUACCUGCUUAAGCUCGUGCAGCUGAAGUAUCCGUCGUUCGGCACGCGCGUCACGCCCGCGCAGACGAACUGGAUGCUGCGGACGCAGUGUGCGGUCGCGACGGAUUAUAGGGAGUUGAUGAGGCGGCUGGCGGACCCGCUUGAGAUGCGGAGGAGCGAGGUCGUGGUGCAGUUCCCGUACGCCGUUGCGGUGGAGAAGAGCGAGGAGGAGAAGGCGCGGUUGACCGAGCGAAGAAAGGAGCAGGGGCGUAAACUGCAGGAGAUGGCGGCGAAGGCGCGCGCGGAUAAGCUCGCGAAGACGGAGGAGGCUUUGAGAGUGCUCGAGGAGCUCAAGGCGCAGAAGGCGGAGGUGCCGCGGAAAGAGUGGAACGAGAUGCUGGCGGACGAGGAUUUCGAUAAUGAGGAGGAGCUGGAGGCGGCUAUCAGGAAGCUGGACGCGGACGUGAAGAAGGCGAGGAAGAAGGAUAUGCAAGGGGAGCCUAUGGACGAGGAUGUGCAGGGCGAGCCGUCGUUCCCAUUAGUCGAUACGCCCGAUGCGGAGCUCGAUGAGGAGGGGCUGAAGGAGAAGAGGAGGCAGAAGCUUAUGAAGGCCGGGUACGAGGCGCGCGUGAGAGCGCGCAAGGAGAAGGAACGCGAACGGGAGGAGGUGGAGGCGAAGGAGCGCGCUGAGGCUGAGGAGCGCGAGCGCGAUCUCGCGGGCUGGGCGGGCAAGUUGCGCGCGGAGCACGAGAGCAUCAUGAACAAGAUAAAGGAACGAAACCGCCGACGUGCGGCGCUCGGCGAUCGCAAGUCUGCGGCCGCUCAAGCGCGCAUGAAGAGCAUUGCGAGCUUGGCGGCUGACGAGCGCGUACCGAAGAAGCGGAGGAAGGGAAACGGAGAGGACAUGUUCGGCGCGGACGACUCGGACUGGGCGAUCUACCGCAAAAUCAACACAGCGGCCCCCUCCUCCGACGAAGAAGACGACCUCACGACCCUCGCCACGCUCGAAUCCAAGCUCCUCGCGCACGACCCGACAUUCACCCCCACCCAAACGCACGCAUCCCUCUCCACCGCGCGCUCCCUCCUCCUCAGCACGUUCCGCCCACUCUACAACGAAGACGACGCGCGCGGCGCCAUGCGCAUCCAUCUGAGCACGGAGAGGUGGAGAGCGGUCGAGCCGUGGUUCGCGCCGGGCAUGGCGGGCGUCGACGCGGCGGGGCUGGCCGAGCUCGCGGGCAACGUCCUCGGCAUGUUCGCGCCGGACGUGCGCGCUCGUCUUGCCAGUACAGUCUUUCUCACCGGCGGCGCGGCGGGUAUUCCGGGGAUGGGCGAGAGAUUGGCGGAGGAGCUGAGGAGCGGCUUGCCCGUGGGCAGCGCGCUGAGGGUGGUAAGGGCGCAGGAUCCGAGUGCGGACGCGUGGAGGGGGAUGGCGGCGUUUGCGCAGACGCCGGCGUUUGGGGGGGUUGGGGAGAAAGACGGUUCUCGGCACAUCCACUGGAGACUCUCUUUCAUGGCGGAGGAGCAAUCUCCUUGGCUGCCUCUGGUUCGGGCGCGUUUUUCCGCGAGUGCUCUCGAAGGGAUAGACCGGCGGUUUCAUCUUCAGACCCUGGACUUGGAGUACGAGUCCAUGCGUCAAGCCCUGUUUGUGGCGUCUCGCAUGCGCAAUCAGAGCGCCGGCCCUUGCCGCCUCCCUCCUGAGCUCCUCACGCAGAUCUUUGCGGAAGCGCAAUCUGAUUGGGAGCCGAGGCGAAGGGCAUUCAAGACGAGUUCAGGAGAUGACAUAGACGAGGACUUCUAUUCUGGGUGGAUGGCGAUCACUCACGUGUGCAGCCUUUGGAGAGAAGUCGCCUUGAACGAUCCUAUGCUCUGGUCAAGACCAGAGUAUGAGAUAAUUGACAUUCAUCCCGAUUAUGUCCCCGUCAUCAUAUCUCGUUGUCGCGGAAACCCUAUCCGGCUACAUGUCAAUCUAGCUGAGCUUGUUGACAUCGACGAGACUACCGUCAAAGACGAUGCCAGCUAUCAAGCCUGGAUCUUUCCUGAUGUUUUAUCACAAGCUUGCGACCUGACCUUGAUUGGGGAGAAUGAGCUGAUAGAAGACGUCAUGGCCAACCUUCCUGAGACCAUGCCUCGCUUACGCCAGCUCUACAUCGGGACCUCUUCACAUCAUGGACCUAAUCCGAUUCUACCGCAACGAGCGUGGGAACUUGCUGGCGUAACGAAGCUGGAACUCUGGAAUUAUAGUUUGCCCUGGAACGCGCCCAUAUUUUCGUCCAGCAUGACUUGCCUAACUCUAUUUAGUUACACAGGGAGUCCUCGCUAUUCAUUCACAGAGGCGCAGCUUAUGCUUUCUCAUCUCCCUGCCCUGAAGAAGCUUGACCUGUACAACAUCGUGCCGUUUCAGAGCCGGGGAGAAGAUGGCGGGUCUACCAUCACGCUCCCUCCUUUGUUGCGCGAACUUCGCAUCGCCGUCAGUCUUCCGAACCUCAUCGGUGAUGGGCUCGCUCUCAUGGCCGGUGUCCGCGCAUCUUCGCCAUGUUCGUUCGACUUCACGAUUCGCGGGAAUCACAACUUGUUCACGGAUCCGGAUAAUCCUCCCAGCUCGCUAGACGGUGUUUUGCGCCAACUAGGCUUCCCUGAUAACCCUCACCCUGCCGCUCAAAGUCUCGUAUUCAAUCUUGACAGUAUACAAGUCGCCUGUCUAGACCUACCACCGCCAGGUUAUGCCGUCGCAAAGUCCCUAUGCAUAUCGGUUCCCUACGACCUGGGCCUGAGCGCCGAUUAUGCGCGCAUAUGGCACCAUCUCAUCAAAGUCCUUGAUUGCAUGAAACCCCGCGAGGUGAAAGCGCUCACCUUUUCUUGGGGUGUGAUAGACACCCUUGCGUCGAGCGAUAUGUGGAAGCGGUUACUUCUCGCCGUCAAUGUGGACCGCAUAGACAUCGCGGUAGGACCGAAUCCGACCGGCUCCAUGCACUUGGGGAUACUCCGCAAUGCUCUCUGCGAAGCCUAUUCUUCCCCUUCCGCGACAUCCUCGCCAUCCCAAUAUCCCUUCCCGCGCCUCGCGUCGUUGGUCCUGCAUCUGCCGAAGCACCGUCCCGACGACGCAUUCCUUUGGGUCAAUACGCUCAUAGAUCUUGUGGACACGAGAGCCGCAUUGGGCGUGCCGUUGGGCGAGAUUGCCAUCACCUCUGACAGCUCGUUUGAGUCUACGGAAUGGGACAGGUUGGGCGCAGUGAUUAAACUCGUUCUUCCGAAGUAG